AUAAGGACCCUCCCAUCCCUACCUCACGGAUUUUCCCUCUAUAAAAUCAUAGAAAAGUCGCCCUUUACAGUCCUAUUCUACUAUUUUUAUCUCUUCAAGAUUCAUUCAUCAUUCCGUGUAAUUCCCAAGAGACUUACACCGUUUCAAAGUUCAAAGCCUUCCUAGGCCUCUAUCAGUUUGCCGUGUCGAUUGGAUAGCUUCAGGGCAAGAACCUUCCUUUUGUGAUUGUUUUUAUUAUUUUUAUUUAAAGCAAGUUUUUUUCGCUUUAUUUAAAGCCUGGGGCUUGAGCGGGUGGGUGGUAUUGCGUAUUGGGUUUUCGGAUUCUCUGGAGUUUACGUUAGACUAAUGGCUGCCGCUGCUGCUACUGGACUUAUUGGUGGUAAUGGGUCUUCUUCUUCUGCUUGGUUUCAGCUCAGGAAUGGGCAGAGGAAGAAGAAGAUGGUGAAUAGGGUUACGGUUUGUUCUGCUUCUUCUUCUGUUAUGGAUCCCUACAAGACUCUGAGGAUCCAACACGGUGCCUCUGAAUCUGAGGUCAAGAAGGCUUUCAGACAGCUUGCUUUACAGUAUCAUCCGGACGUAUGCAGAGGAAACAAUUGUGGAGUGCAAUUUCAUCUGAUCAAUGAAGCUUACGAUACCGUGAUGAGUAAUUUGAGAGAGGAAUCCAUGGCACCGGAGAUGUACGAGUCGUACGAUGAAGAUUCCGACGAGUCGAUGAGAGGAAUGAACGAUCCUGAUUGGGACUUGUGGGAGGAGUGGAUGGGAUGGGAAGGAGCAGGAAUUCGUGACUACACGUCUCAUAUUAAUCCCUAUAUUUGAAUGAAGGCUGUAAAUUAAAAAUCACUAAAGAGUUGGACCGACUUCUCUCUCUCAACCAUAAUCGUGGUUUUAUUGUCUAUAAUUCACCUUUGUAAAUAGCUGAGGCUUAGCUAUUGGCCCCAUCAUUUGCUCUAAUGAAAAGUGCAAAAAGUUC